CAGCAAUAAGCAGGUUUCUCAGCCGUGUCGAGGAUAUGAGCGGAAAAAGUGUCGAGCGGGGCGAGAUUAUCGGAAUGAGCAGGAUAAGCAUAUUCUCGACAGAGAGAACCGAACAAAAGGAGAGAGAGAGAGAGAGAGCAGCGAAGCAGUCUCGAAAACGACGCGGUCGAAUUCCGGCUGGCGCAGUGUCGAUAAAGGAACAUCAUCGGCCGUCCUUUUUCCUCUCUCUCUCUCUCUCUCCCCCUACCACCCUCCCUCUUUCUCGGUUCGGGUCGAUCCCCUUUAAACACACGAAUGCAACAAUAUGGCGGAUCGCGCUCUCGCGCCGGCACCCGCGUUGCAUGUUACGCUCUUUUGAUUCGUGGCAUUCGGCGGAGCCGCGGAAUUGCGUGCGACACGCGCACGCACGCACGUACGUACACACACACACAUACGUGCGUAUUCUCGAUCCCGGCCGUUCUCGCGGAGAUUCUCCGGAGAUCGGAGCCUUGUGCACUCGAGUCGGAUACACUCGGCGGUGAUCGCGUGAAAAGUACUUUCGGCGCUCCUCGUCGCAGCUGUCGCCGUCCGUCGUCCUCCUCGGCUGCGUACACUCCUCGUCCGAUUAUCGAUCAGCAGCACCCGAUACCGAUGGCGAUGUGCCGCCGCGGAUGAUGGAGCUGACGGUGCGCGACCUCGCCGAUCCCAGCCGCCGCUGCUGAGGAAGGGCAAGGCGAGAGGGAAAGAGAAAGAAAGAGAACGAGCGAAGCAUCAGCAGAGGACGCGUGUGUGUCGAGUGUGUUGCUGCUCCACGGAUCAACGACGCUGCUCCUGCGUGUGCUGCCUGUCCGUCCGUACGGCCGUUGACCGGUGACACUAGUGCAGCUGGUGCUGCAGUAAGGGUCCGAAGAGGAACGUAGACCAUGCCAGGGCCAGGGGCGGAGUGGUGACCUAGACCUCAUCCUCGGCUUCGACCCUCGAUGCUUACGCUACGGCUGGUGUCGACUCACUUCCUGAAGCAGCCAUAGGCAGUGCCCUUGCCUGAGAGAAAGGGCGAUGUGCCGUGAUAGGGACAUGAACCCAGAACUAGUCGAAUCGCACGAUCUUCGCUUAACGUCGUCGUCGCCGUUGCCGUCGGCGUCGUCGUCGCCGUCGCCAUUGUCGUAGAGAAAAAGGACUCGGUCGACAAAGAAAUUUUCACGCGCACGCGAAGGACUCUUCUUCUUCGACGGCCCUUCUCUCUUUUUUCUCUCUCUCUCUCUCUCUCUCUCUCACAUCACACACUUACUCACAUCAGUCACUCACUCACUCACUCUGCGGCGAGUACUUUUCUCGCUCCUACACACACACACACACACCUACAUAUACACUUACAUUCACGCACACAUCAUACACACGCACGUACUCACGCACGACACAUAUAUAUACACACACACACACAUAAACAGAUACCCCCAUGCGUCGUUCCUUACCCUCGUACCACGAGAAACGACUUCUCGCUUUUGUGAUCCCGACGAAAAUUGAAGUGUGCACACGGGCAUCGCUCGGUACUCGAUACCACUUGCCGUGAUCAUCCCGGUCGCGAACGGCCGACGUUCAGGAGCACGGAUCGUAACCCGGAAGAAACGGCGCUUACCGCCGUACGAAUACUCGCGACGUAUAGCCCGGACGAAGGGAAGGAGGAAGAGGGGAAGCUAGGAGGAGCAGCGGGACGAGACAACUGCCACGCUGAACUCGGUGUACUUCAACCUGUGGAGGGUCGCGAGAGAGUGUAUUUGCGGCGGCGGGUCGCGGUGCAGACAAAGUGGGAUGAGACGCCCCCAGCAAGAACAUCUUCAUCAUCACCACCACCACCACCACAUCCACUAUCAUCAUGGAUCCUCAACAAGCCCUACGCGCUCUCGUCAAACACAUGAUAAGUGUACAGACGUGUGUACGAAUCGGGGCUCGUUGCAGGACGAGUCCCGUCUCGCUCGCGUGAAGCGCGUCCUGGCGGGUUCGUUGUUGGGCCGCGGCGCGGGAUCCAGCAGGAUCUUCGGCACCCGGCUGGAGCUGGUCGAGUCGUAUCUCGACACGGGCGUGCCGUACGUGGUGCACCGGCUAUGCAGCUACAUCGAGACCCACGGCUUCCAGAGCGCGGCCGUGUUCCGGCUGUCGGGCGGCAGCCCUCGGCUGGCGGAGAGACUGCGGGCCGCCUUCGAGCGGAGGGGCGACGCCGACCUGGAAGGCGCCGCUUGCCCUCCGACCGCGGCGACCCUUCUCCGGCAGUACCUGAAGGAACUGCCGCAGCCCGUCGUACCGUCCACCCUAGUCGGCAGGCUACUUAACGUACACGCCCAGGAUUACGCGAACGAUCACGAGACCUGGAUAACCUCGACAAAAGAGCUGCUGUCGACCCUGCCCUCCUCCCACUACCGUCUGCUCGGCUACCUGGCGAUCUAUCUUAGCAGAUACGAGGCGCGACAUGGACGAAGCGCCGGUGUCUGCGGUGUCUUCGCGCCGGUCAUUCUGCCGCAUGUACCACCCGCGACCACUCUCCUACGGGACAUCCUCGCCGAGGCGCUGGUGCUGUUCCCCGACUGGGACGGGCGGCGCACUUUUUCCUGGGAAACCAGCAUCCGAGAUCGAUCGCUCUGCCGAAGACCCCGGUCACGCGAGGUUAGCGGAUUCUGUCCCUUGCGAGAUACAAUUACGGCAUGAAGCAACAACACCGCGAGUGUAAUACUCGACAUCACGUGUGUCGGGCCAUUAUAACAUGGGUUGUGAACACGAUCUUAUGCUUUAUACGCAAGGUGUCAGACACAAUGUGUGUAUCUGCUCGUGUACAGAUAUAAUAUUCGUGGAACUGAGCAACAAAGCCGUUUACCAGUUUGCAAACGGCACGAUAAUUAUUAGAAUAUUACAAUUAAUUUGUAUAUAUUUAUAUAUAUUCAUAUAAAUUUAUAUAUAUAUAUUAAUUAAA